AUGAUGCGGCUCCGGAGCCCCGCGCUGCUGAGGGACCUGCUGAGGCUCAGCCAGAACGGAGCGGCCGUUGGCGGGCCUGGCUGCUGCCGCCGCCCGUUGCUGAGGCGGCUCCAUCCCGCCGCCGCUGCCGCCGGUUGCCGCCUGCCCAGCGGCGGCCCCCGCUCCUUAUGCACCCGCUCGGAGGGGAUUCUGGACGAGCCGGGCAAGGGCCCUCCGCCGUCCCAGCAGCAGCAGCAGCAGGCGGCGCCCUCGGCGGCGCCGGAGAAGCCCGGCGCCAACAACAGCCACGGCGCGGAAGCCGGCGGCAUGGGCGACAAUAAGAUAAAGCAAGGUCUUUUGCCUAGUUUGGAGGAUUUGCUGUUCUAUACUAUUGCAGAAGGGCAAGAAAAAAUACCAGUUCACAAAUUCAUCACGGCCCUGAAAUCAACAGGUUUACGUACAUCUGACCCAAGACUGAAAGAAUGCAUGGAUAUGCUAAGAUUGACUCUUCAAACAACAUCAGAUGGUGUCAUGCUCGAUAAAGAUCUCUUUAAAAAGUGUGUCCAAAGCAAUAUUGUCUUGCUUACUCAGGCUUUCAGACGAAAGUUUGUCAUUCCAGAUUUUGUGUCAUUUACUUCUCACAUUGAUGAACUGUAUGAAAAUGCUAAAACACAAUCUGGAGGAACGGUUGCUGACUAUAUUCCACAACUGGCUAAAUUCAGUCCUGACUUGUGGGCAGUGUCUGUUUGUACAGUUGACGGACAGAGGCAUUCUGUUGGAGAUACCAAAGUUCCAUUUUGUCUUCAGUCCUGUGUAAAGCCUUUGAAGUAUGCUAUUGCUGUUAAUGACCUUGGCACGGACUAUGUACACAAAUAUGUUGGUAAAGAGCCUAGUGGACUAAGAUUCAACAAAUUGUUCCUCAAUGAAGAUGACAAACCUCACAAUCCUAUGGUGAAUGCUGGAGCAAUUGUGAUCACUUCCUUGAUCAAGCAAGGAGCAAAUAAUGCUGAGAAAUUUGACUAUGUGAUGCAGUUCAUGAAUAAGAUGGCUGGAAAUGAAUAUGUUGGUUUCAGUAAUGCCACGUUCCAGUCUGAAAGAGAGAGUGGAGAUCGAAACUUUGCAAUAGGUUACUAUCUGAAAGAAAAAAAGUGUUUUCCAGAAGGCACAGAUAUGGUUGGCAUAUUGGACUUCUACUUCCAGCUGUGUUCCAUAGAAGUGACUUGCGAAUCGGCCAGUGUAAUGGCAGCGACAUUGGCUAAUGGAGGGUUUUGCCCAAUCACUGGUGAGAGGGUACUGAGCCCAGAAGCUGUUCGGAACACUCUAAGUUUAAUGCACUCCUGUGGCAUGUAUGACUUCUCAGGACAGUUUGCCUUCCACGUUGGUCUUCCUGCAAAAUCAGGGGUUGCUGGUGGCAUUCUGCUGGUUGUUCCCAAUGUUAUGGGCAUGAUGUGCUGGUCCCCUCCUCUGGACAAGAUGGGCAACAGCGUUAAGGGGAUACACUUUUGUCACGAACUGGUAUCUUUGUGCAAUUUCCAUAAUUACGAUAAUUUGAGGCACUUUGCAAAGAAGCUUGAUCCUCGCAGGGAAGGUGGCGAUCAGCGGGUGAAAUCGGUCAUAAAUCUCCUGUUUGCUGCCUACACCGGUGAUGUGUCUGCACUACGAAGGUUUGCUUUGUCAGGCAUGGAUAUGGAGCAGAGGGACUACGAUUCCCGGACAGCAUUGCACGUAGCGGCUGCGGAAGGUCACGUAGAGGUAGUUAAAUUUUUGCUGGAAGCCUGCAAAGUGAACCCUUUCCCCAAAGACAGAUGGAACAACACACCUAUGGAUGAAGCUUUGCACUUUGGACAUCACGACGUAUUUAAAAUUCUUCAAGAAUAUCAGGUCCAAUACACGCCUCCUGACGAUUCCAGCAGUGGAAAGGAAAACCAAACUGUGCAGAAGAACCUCGACGGCUUACUAUAACCCUCUUUCCCCCUUGAGAUUACUGAUCUAAUUAAUUGUGGGGGGGAAAUGAUGAUGAAGAGCGUGUGUGUUUCUAUUGGAUAGUGAUGUACCUUUGUUUCAGUGUUACAAGAGCUUUCUUCAUCGCGCACAGACAAGUAUAGUUUCUCUUUCAGAAAAACAAAACUUCCAAGUCUCCAUUCAUGAUGUGAGCAAUAUUACCUCGUGCUACUUAUAACCGAUAGAGA